AUGGAUGCAGGGAUCAUUUUCUCUUGCCAUGCGAAUCACACUGUUCAUGUCUUGAUUUCCACAGUCACAUUAACCAACAUUGUUCCCAGGAUCAGGACCGACUUCUUACAAUAUUCCCAUCAGCUUACUCUGGAUCCAAACACAGUGAAUAAACGCCUCCUGCUGUCUGAGAGCAACAGAGUGAUUACAUUCACUGACACAGAGCAGCUGUAUCCUGAUCAUCCAGACAGAUUUGAUGUUUGGGAGCAGGUGCUGUGUAGAGAGAGUGUGUGUGGACGCUGUUACUGUGAGAUUGAGUGGAGUGGACGUGUGUAUAUAUCAGUCUCAUAUAAGAGCAUCAACAGGAAGGGAGGUGUUGAGUGUGUGUUUGGACGUAAUGAUCAGUCCUGGAGUUUGUACUGCUCUUCCUCCAGUUACUCAUUCAGACAUAGUAACAUAGAGACUGAUCUCCAUGUAAAGCCCAUCAGCAGGAGAAUAGGAGUGUAUGUGGAUCACAGUGCAGGAACUCUGUCCUUCUACAGUGUCUCUCACACAAUGAGCCUCAUCCACACAGUCCAGACCACAUUCACUCAGCCGCUCUAUCCUGGGUUUACUGUUUAUAAAGGAUCAGUGAAACUGUGUUGAUGAAUCAGUAUAGAUUCUAGAGAGUCUCUUCUUUUUUCUUAAUGACAUUAAUACUGCAGCUGAGCCUCUGUCACUGAAAUAACAUGUCAGAAUUAAUGUGUGUAAUAAAUCCUCAUAUAGACAAACAUUCUUCUCAUUAUAAGAAGAGUAUCUAUUGAACCAAUCUGCAAUAAACAAGACAAUUGUCAGUAAACACCUUCAGGAAACCAAUA